AUGUCUGCCCCUCCAGCGCCUUUGGCCAACGGAACGAAGCCCGGCUCGGCCGCGGACAAGGCUAUCGACUUUUCAGACAUCGCCUACAUUCCGAGCACAGGCGUACACAAGCUCUUCGAAGCGCCUCUCGUGCUCGCAACGGCCGAGAGUAUCAAAGGCUACGGCCACAUCGUGCCUGACCCGCACAACUUUCCAGUCGAAAUCGUGCGCUGGCCGGCACAAGGCUGGCGCCCUGUGGACGAUAAUUCGGGCGACCAGGGCGGAACCACUGAAGGCAUCUUCGAACUCUGGUGGAAGGGCGAUACGCUGUUUGCACGCAACAAUGCCGUCGGCGACAAUUACUUGUUUGCGUGGAGCACGUUCCCCGAAGAAGCGGCCACUUCUGGACCAGCGAAGCACCCUCGGGACAAGGCGAUGAUGUGGCAUGCGAAUUACCACCCCGACGGUGGGCAGAUGUUCUUCCCCCUGAACGGCGAGAGUUUCAUUGUGCCGCUUGCGUUGCCUGGGGACGAUGUGCGGCCGGAACAGUUCAUCUCGUUCAAGUGCGAGGGCGGGAUGGGAUUGUAUAUUCAUCCGAACAUCUGGCAUGGUUCGGUGAUUCCGCUCGAUGAUCACUGUCGGUUGCUGGAUCGUCAGGGCAAGGUGCACGCGCGUGUGUCGGUUGACUUUGCGAAGGAGUUUGGCGGCUAUCUCUCCGUCCCCCUGCAGAGUGCAUGA